AUGGAAACGCCCACAGAGAAAAGUGAGAGACCAUUGAGAAUGGCAAAGUUUAGUUUAAGGUGUGGUGCUUCGGAUUUCGUCUACUAUGGAGUUCUACUUUGUCAUCUGUUAUCACAGCUUUUCUUUCAACUUACAUGGUGUGGCUCCACAGUACAGUUCCUUCCUGGAUUCGAAGGACCCCUUCCUUUUGUUCUUGAAACGGGGUAUGUGGGGGUGGGUGAAGGAGAGAAUGUUCAAGCCUUCUACUACUUCAUUGAAUCAGAGAGCAACCCAAAGAAGGAUCCUCUCAUGCUUUGGCUCACUGGGGGUCCUGGUUGCUCUUCCCUCUCCGGCCUUGUCUUUCAAAUAGGUCCAUUUGCAUUUAAAAAAGAGGAAUACAAUGGGAGCCUGCCUAAUCUGGUCUUGAAGCCACAUUCAUGGACAAAGGUGAGUAGCAUUAUAUUUGUAGACUUGCCGGUUUCCACGGGCUUCACUUAUGCUAGAACAGAAUUUGCUGCUCAACGAAGCGACUGGCUACAUGUUCACCAAGUCCAUCAAUUUCUUAGGAAGUGGUUGAUUGAUCAUCCAAGAUUUUUGUCAAAUGAUUUUUACAUUGGUGGCGAUUCAUAUUCUGGCAUUCCUAUUCCUGUAAUUGUUCAAGAAAUUUCACAAGCAAAUGAAAAAGGGGUCCAACCAUGGAUAAACGUCCAGGGAUACCUGCUGGGGAAUGCAGCAACAACUACAUGGGAAGGAAACUAUGCCAUCCCCUUUGCUCAUGGAAUGGGACUUAUUUCAGACGAGUUAUACGAUUCACUGCAAAAUAAUUGUAAUGGAGAGUAUAUGAAUGUAGACCCCAGAAAUGUAUUAUGUUUAAGAGAUCUCGCCUCAUUCGAUGAGGUUAUAUCAGGAAUUAAUAAAGCCCAUAUUUUGGAGCCGUUAUGCGAGUUGGAUGAUGCUGAAACUACUCAGAGGAGAUCUCUAAUGAGGAAACAUCUCUGGAAUAAUGUCCUCAAAACUCAUGUCGAAUUGCCACCCUUCAGUUGUCGGAUUUAUGUGUACUUCCUCUGUGCUUACUGGGCUAAUGAUGAUAAUGUUCGCAGAGCAUUGCACAUCCGAGAGGGAAGUAUAGGAAAAUGGCAUCGCUGCAGCUACAAUAUACCUCAAAAGAGGGAUAUCCCCAGCAGCUUUGAGUAUCAUGUAAACCUUAGUAGAAAAGGUUAUCGUUCUCUUAUAUACAGUGGUGAUCAUGACAUGGCGUUUACUUUCUUGUCAACUCAAGCAUGGAUUACAUCUUUAAACUAUUCCAUUGUGGAUGAGUGGAGGCAAUGGGGUACAAAUGGCCAAGUGGCAGGAUACACAAGGACUUACUCCAAUCGGAUGACAUAUGCAACUGUGAAGGGUGGAGGCCAUACAGCUCCCGAGUACAGGCCUGAAGAAUGCUUUGCCAUGUUCAGUAGGUGGAUAUCUAAUCAGUCUUUGUAG